UUGACACGACGAAACGAAAUUAUUUAUUUUCAAUUAAAAUUAAUUGUUCAUGGACUUGUGGAUUGUGAUGUAAUCAAAUAUUUAAACAUAAAACAUGCCUCCAACCAAAAAGAAAACUAAGGGCGUCGUAGACCCACUCAGCAGUUUGCAAAAGUACUUUAUUUGCCACUUUUGUCGUAAAAAAUUUCAUCGGAAAUUUAAUUUGCGUAGACAUGUCGCGAUUUGUGAGGAAAAACAAAAACUUAAGCUUACGUGCAGGUGGUGUAAUGUGGUAUUUAAGAAUUCGGCUAAUUUGGCUUCUCACGCGCGAGAAUUGCAUAGAGACAUGAGGUAUUCCAAAAUGAACCGUAAGAAGACUUCGGAGAUAAAAAAAUGUCCCGGUUGCGACAAACCGUUCGCUGAGAUGUUCCAACUGCGCUACCACAUACGAAGACAGCACUUCAACUUGAAAGCCAAGCUGCCUUACUGCAACCAGAAGAAAGUUAACCAGGUGUGGUUCGAACGAGUGCACAACUCGAACAACGUAAUGGAGAUACGGAAAACUGGGCCGAAUACGCUGGUUAUGAGGAAGCUCGAUGAAAAUACAGCGAUUAAAGUUGCCGAGCAGAACACUGAGGAGAUCGACCUUACCCACAUUUACCCGACCGGCGAGAUGGUGGGCAAAGUGGAGUGCAAGAUAUGCCAAAAGGAAUACGAGAGGAAAAGCAUAAAGAAACACAUGGAAGAGGUACAUUACAACAAACGGAAACACCACUGCAAUAACUGUAACUCGACUUUUAAACGGUUGUAUCAAUUUCUGAAGCAUGUCUGUACUAAGCAGAGGCCUCCGAGGGGAGUGAAGCAGGUCAGCGACGACAUAAUAAUAGCCAGUUUCCAGAGCCUAGCGACAUUCCAUGCAUGACCAAACGACGAGUUGGCUGGUUAAAGGACGUAGCACACUUAUCAACCCGGAAAGGGAUCGUAACCGUAUCAACUCGAGGCGGUCAGUAUUCUUUGUAGGAUACUCCAUACUGCAACGAACAUUCAUCCGCACCGUGACGUAAAGCCUCGCGCGGAAGGCGAUGACAGCUCGCGAAAGGCGAUACGGUGUUGAUCCAUUUCCGAGUUGAUAAUUCUGCUAUGACCUGAAGUCAACUUUACCCUGUAGAAAUAUGAAAAACCUUCGGGGCUGGUAAGAAUUAGAUAUUUGAAAUAUUUUAUAUGUAAAUGUUGAUAUUUAUGGGCAUAAUAAUAUGUAAUAAACAAAUAGUUAAAUCGUAAAACCUGUAAAUCAAAUUACAAUGUUUUUACAUAAUAUUAUUUUACAUUUAAGUAACUCAAAAAUGAACACCCUGUAUAGAAUACAUAGUAAUAACAUCACAAAUUAAUAUACAUCACAUUUAUUUUACACAAUUCUAUCCAAUGAAUAAGCGUCUCGCGCAUUUUAAUCGACUGCACCAAAAGGAAGAUUAUGUUUUCAAGUGUAUUAUAUUUUUUUGAAAGUUUUAGCAUAAACUUCAUUUGGGUUUAAGUUUGUGAAGCGUCAUUAGAUUCGUCUCAAUUUACGUAGUUUUUAUUUUAUUUUAUAAUGUGUUUCUGAAGGUUAAAAUAAGCGUUUAAAAGGAUGUGUGCCUUGUUUAAUGGUGUUAACUAACAUUUUUAACCUCUGUGCCUUCCAACUUUAUUUCCACAGUGUUUAUAAGUGGACUAGUCCUUAAAAUUACUUAAAACAAAGUAUGAGACACCCUGUAUAGAUGUAGUUUCUUCUAUUUAUCAUAUCCAGUUGUCUUCAAAAAUCACAAUAUUGUGUUGGUUUUUACAAGCUUUUAUUGAACUUGCAAUGUUAAAUUUUAAUAUUUUAGGUAAAAUCCCAAUUUCUGGCAAGCGAUUGAGCUGAAAUUUUGCAUGUACACAUGUAAUUCGGAUGACAUGCAUUGUUAUGAUAGCAUGGAGCUGGUCUCAUGAUGAAGCCGAAAGGUGGCCAUAGGAAUUUUAUUCUUUUAAGAGCAUUUAAAUAAAAGCUUGUCUUAAAAAAGGUUUUGAAAACAUAUAUUUAUGUGAAAUUCUUUGUUGUUUAAAAGACUGAUUGCCUAUUGCUGUCGCUGUUUUAGUGAUAAAAACUUUUUAUUCCAUAUCCGCCCUACUACUAAUGUUUUUUCCUAGAAUUUUAAGUGUGCACAAUUUUGUUAUUUAUUUUUAUUAUAGUGUAAAUAAGACCUCAAAUAUAUGUUUAAAUCACACAUGAAUGCUUUGUUUAUCUAAAAUUGUGAAUUGUAAAAAUUUGGGAUGUGUAUAAGUGCCUGGAAAAGGCCUGUGUACUAAAUAGACUAUUUGAAUUUGUAAAUAACAACCUGUUUGUAAUAGACAGACAGGUCUAUUAAGCAGUCUACACACCAAACCCACCGACAUGAGUCGUCGAUUUUUUUAUUGCGGUUCGGUUCAUUUGUCUAGAUAAGAUAGUUAUUAAAUUUUUUUAGCGUUAAGAGUCGCAUCUCAAACUAAAUUAUAUAUAUAUUUUUUUUUUUUAUUCUAUCUGCGAUCAGCCGUCAGCCUUUAUCAGAUUAGAUGAAUUCGCAUUAAUGACAGUUUAGGUUCUGCACAUCCCAUGACUAAAUUAUAAAUAACUUGAAAAAAUCGAACUGCCUAAGUCACGAUCGUGUGCGUUGCCACGUUAGGAAGUAAAAUUUUUAGUUACAAGAAUCCAUUGUUUUUGGGACACCCCGUAUAUGGCUAGCAUGUCUGUCCCUGAUAACUUUCCCUUGAGGAAUGAGGGUACAGUCAGUGAUAAUUCGUGACAAGUAGCCAAAAACUUCCCAACAUGUCUUUUUUACAUUGGAAUAAGGUUGUGUUGUCAAGUUUUUGGCUACUU